CAAUCGCAUCGUACUGAACAGUGUGAUCAGUGUAGUAGUCUUUUGUUUUUCUUUGUUCUUUUAUUAAAGUACAUUAUGUCUGGUCGUGGCAAAGGUGGUAAAGCAAAGUCGAAGGGAAGGUCCCGUUCUACCAGAGCUGGCUUACAGUUUCCCGUUGGACGUGUUCAUAGACUGCUAAGAAGAGGUAACUAUGCCGAACGUGUCGGAGCAGGAGCUCCCGUCUAUUUGGCUGCUGUUAUGGAAUAUUUGGCUGCCGAAGUUCUGGAAUUGACUGGAAACGCAGCACGAGACAACAAGAAGUCAAGAAUUAUUCCACGACACGUUCAACUUGCUGUUCGCAAUGACGAAGAGUUGAACAAACUCUUAUCCGGAGUCACCAUUACUCAAGGAGGUGUUCUACCGAAUAUUCAAGCGGCUCUUCUGCCGAAGAAAACCGAGAAGAAGGCUUAAAAUUUCGCUAAACUAUAACCCAAAUGGCCCUUUUCA